ACUUCAUUUUUUCUGAGCUUUCUCUCUUCACUCGAAAAUGCAAGAUCCAUCAAAUCCAAAUUCCAUCAAGUUGCCGACGACAACGUCUUUUUCAGCUGCAUUCCGUCCAUCUCACCACCGACGAGCUCACUCGGAGGUGAAUUUCUGGUUGCCGGAGGAUCUAGAUCUGGUGUCCGACCCAUUCGAUGCACCUGCCGGAAGUUUCGAGGAGAUCGGGUCGGAGGAUGAUUUCUUCUCUACUUAUAUGGAUAUUGAGAAGCUCGCCGGUGGAUCUAAUCCCACUGAUAUCGAUGCUGCUGCUGAUGGGGAGAAGAGGCCACGUCAUAGGCAUAGUAAUUCUGUCGAUAGUUCAAGUUUGUUGAUGACUGAGAGUAUUGAAGCUAAGAAAGCUAUGGCUCCUGAUAAAUUGGCUGAGCUAUGGACUAUUGAUCCAAAACGUGCCAAAAGGAUUUUGGCGAAUCGGCAGUCUGCUGCUCGUUCUAAAGAGAGAAAGGCCCGUUAUAUAUCUGAACUUGAGAGAAAAGUUCAGACCCUUCAAGCAGAAGCGACCACUCUUUCUACACAACUGACCCUUUUCCAGAGGGAUACAACUGGGCUAACUAAUGAGAAUACAGAGCUUAAGCUCCGGUUGCAAGCAAUGGAACAACAAGCUCAAUUACGUGAUGCUCUGAACGAAGCACUGAAACAGGAAGUUGAAAGACUUAAAAUAGCUACAGGGCAGAUAUCAGCUUCCUCAGAUGCAUACAAUUCAGGAAUGCAGCAAAUUCAAUAUAACCGACCAGCAUUCUUUCCUCAUCAGCCGCAUCCAGGGUCAAGCAAAUCACAGAACAUACAGAUGCCACAGUUUCACCACCUCCAGGGCAGCAUGUCUAAUCCGUGUCACCCUCUACUUUCGGGCAGCGCACAGGCUCUGGCAGACGCAACGCAACAAGAUCCCCUCGGUCGUUUUCAGGGUCUUGAUAUUAGUAGCAGGGGUUCUCAUCUUAUAAAGAGUGAAGCCCCCUCCAUUUCCACCAGUGAAACCAGCAGUACAUAUUCUAAUUGAGUUGCCAAUUUGUGCAUUACCCUCCCAACCAUAUUUAUUAAACUGUCCAUAGGCUGACACGUGUUACUAAACCGUAGGAACUUCAUUAUUCUUAAAUUUUUUUUGAUUAGUUAUUUGUCCCAUUAGACUCGAGUUUAGGUUUAACAGGUCAUGAGAUAUUUCUGUUUCUGUUCAGUUUCCUUUCUUAAUCUGAACCAGACCUUGUGAUUUAUUCAUGUAAAGCUUAUAGGAAGGUUGUCCACUGUCACCACUUCUCGGUGUUGCAGUGUCAUUGUCUUUGUGUUGUUGCAUUUUUUAGUGUGUGAACUACUUCACUCUAGUCUUGAAUAACUAAUUAUGGCUCCAUAAGUUGUACUGAUAAAUUAUUUCAUUGUAUUAGUUGUAAACUUCCCCUGUUUCUUA